UGAAAUACUCAGACCAGCCCAUCUGGUACCAACAAGCUUGCUACAGUCACAGUAUCCAAUAUCCCCAUUCUGAUAUUUGAUGUGAACAUUAACUGAAGCUCUUGGCCUGUAUCUGCAUGAUUUUAUGCAUUUUGCUACUGCCACAUGAUUGAAUGAUUGGAUAACUGCAUAAAUAAACAGGUGUGCAGGUGUUCCUAUUAAAGUGGACGGUGAGUGUAUUUUUAUUAGUUUAGGUUGGAAACUUUGCUCAUCUGUACUUAUAAGUCAUUGAAUCACAUCUGACACUUUUUUGAGUAGUAAAAUAAAUAAAAACCUAUUCAUGAAUAGUCAGUUCUUUUUGGCAUAACUAGUUAACAUAACUAUCUGCUAGUGAGGUUUAAAUGAAGAGAAACAUAUAGAACCAUCUUUUCCUCCACUGAAAUUGUGUUGUUAAGUGUUUUUAUUUUUUGUUUCAUGUUUUUUGAGGCUUUCAAAGCACCUCUAACUCAGCUUAACUGACAUGUAUUUUUCCCUGCUCGAUUUUUUCCUCUAAUCUUGAGUAGUCUGCUGUAGAAAUUUAUGGGUUUUUUUUUGUUUGUUUUGUUUUGUUUUUUUACUUUGUCAGUUAAAGCCAAUGCAUUAUUUAUUAUGGGCUAAAAAGUAAUGUGGUAUUGACGUCUCUUCAAACCUUUCAAACAUGGUUAAACUGUAGUAAAAGUGAAAGGCCUGGAAAUUCCUUUAGAUAUUUCUGCUGACCUGUAUGACACAAACCACAAAAUUCAAUUACUUCCUAUUAAAGCUAUUUGUAGCUCAAUAAAACAGUCUCGGGGUUUUAGUAACUUUUACCAUGUUUGCAUAAAUAGCAAAAAAAUGUUUCUGCAUGUGAACUCUCCUCAAAAAGGGUAAUGUAAUUUCAUAUGGUUAGGUUGUGUUCAUUUCUAAAUAUCCGCAUUAUUACAUGCAUCAGUUGCUUAAUCUGCCUUACACUAUAUUAAGCUCUGAAUCUCAACGAGCUGUUAGCAGAUGCUAACAGUACUUUAGUCAGCGUAACAGUGUUUGUCUAAGAAUACUAUUUUGAGACACUGUGAGACAUUUCUUGUCUACUGUGCUUUUCAAAUUAGUAAACCUUUUUUGCUCACUUCUUUGACCUCAAGUGGAAUUCUACAGAGGGAUAAUGUCAGUCAGCCCUUCUCAUUUAAAAUGUAUGUGGAGACUAUGCAUGAUCUCUGAUAUUACUGCACUUCGUAUUUUGUGAUGUGACCAACACAGUUUAUAUAAAUUGACAUUCUUGGAGUGCCAGUGUAAGCAUAAGGUUUCUUUAUGCAUGUGACUGAUGCAUGGAAGCAACAAAUGCAGGGACUCCUACAACAUUCUGGAGGACAAUCUGCCUGACAUACAUGCUUUCUAAGAGGAGGGGUAUAGUAUUGCAUACGGUAUUGCUUUUUGUAUGUACAACUCAAAUGGUAAUUAAAACAGGCUACUGUAGAUUUUGUGUUAAGUCAGGGGACUACUAAUAUUAUACUGCAAAUGUUGCAAAAUAUCAUACACCACUCUUGGGACAUUAUAGUCAUUAUGUUAUGUUAGAAAGGAUUGACAGAUCUUGCCUGACAGCAGAACUUCACUGUGGUAAUUAUAAUAGGCCUAAUAUACUAUAGACUAAGCCAGGCAGAAAUCAUGCGUUGCCGCAAAAUCUUUGUAUAAAUGUGUCAUAGCUGUAUGUCAGAAAAACAGAACUAAAACAAGCAGAGUCAUUACCGGUUUGCUUUAGGCAUGUAUGUGUGCCACUGUUCACACAGGUGUGCGCACGACACUCCCUAAUCGAGGCUUGAGGGCAAUGUUGCCAGGUUCACACCAUUACCUAGGAAUUGAGCUUUUAAACUUCACAGGUUGACUGAUAUUUUCUGUCCUCUGGCUGGAGUUGCUUUUUUACAUACAUUAGGUCACUUAAGUGGCGGUAGCGUUUUCAGUGAGCUCUUCUUGAUACUAUUCUCAACAAUAGCUAUGUAGAUUAGCCAAUAUUAAUUAAAGUAUGCAGUGUUUUGUGCUCCAGUGCAGUUUAUGUAUUUUUUUUAGUACUUUCAAGAACUGAUGAAGAAACACACAUGUUCUAAAUGCUGCUUCUCUUUUGGUGUCCUAUUGAACAUUACGCUGUUUUUUUAGCUGCUUUAAAUGACAUUUGGGCUGAAUUUGUCGUGCAGAGCUGGCAACCAAGCUCAAGGAGUCAAUCUGACUCAUACCUACAGAGUGGAGAGAACUGCUCUGCUUUGUGUAACUUCAGCUAUGGAAGUGAACUGAUCUUUUUUUUGUCCUUCUUUUACUUACGAUACUUGAACAUUGUUUAGACUUGAAGAGUGCCAGUCUUGCAGACAUGGAGGCCAAAGAGGAGAUCAGUGACACAGACAGUGGGAUUAUUCUGCAUUCUGGACUGGACAGUCCUAUUAUUGUAACCAAGGAAGUGGGUACACACACUCGGGCUGUGAAGCUAAAACGGCAGUCAUUACAGGACAGGCUUGAGCUUUGUAUUCUGGAGCUGAAGAAACUCUGUAUUAGAGAGGCUGAGCUCACUGGACAUUUGUGUUCUGACUACCCUCUGCUGCCUGGAGAGAAACCUCCGCAGAUACGCAAACGCAUUGGGGCUGCUUUUAAGUUGGAUGAGCAAAGCAUUCUGCACAGAGACGAGGACUCAGAGCUAUGCUCAGUGGAAGCUAAGCUGGCCCUGCAGCAACAGAUCUACACAGCAGCGCACAGGCUGUGCCAUGAAGAGCAUCUGAGCAAGGCAGUAAAGAAAAGCAGAGUGCAGCAGUGCAAGCGUGAGGAGCAGAAACUUAAGGAGCUCCAAGAUUCUUUAUUCCAACUACGUCUCGAAUACGGCCGCUCCUCACCACGACCUUGUAUAAUCACACAAAAACAUCAUGCCACUUCGGAUAACAGUUCAUUGUCAGAUUCUGCAGUGUUGGAUGAAGAAGAGCUGACAAGCCAGUCAUCCCAGGCUUCCUCUGAGCCCCCUUCUAUUACAGAGCUUCAUUCUGUGGCCCCAGGCCCUUCCCUUCUUUCUCUAAAUCCCUCUGGUCCCCUGCUUCAUCCCCCUGAGCCAAGACCCAGCCCCCAUCAGCCACCUCUCGAGCAUUUGCACCUAUGUCAUGGCCCCUCGCUGGAGUAUGACCCUGCCCCAAUCCAGAAUUCCCCUUGGAAGGAGUCCAGCCUUGAUCAACCUUACCAGAAACAGAAGAAGUCUCACUCCAGUAGCACUAGCUCCAGUUGCAGUCCUGCCUCCUGUUCUACAUUGCCCCCACUGGAAACUUGUUUAGAAGAGGUAGACCUGAAGCUGCAGAUACCCAAACAUACAGCACCGAGACACACACAGUCCAGCAGUACCCCCUCUACCCCAGAGAUGCAUCUUCGAAGAGUACUGUCCCUCAGAGUUCCCAGUAGUGAUCCAGCAAAUAAUGCAGAGCGUGACAGAGGCCGGUCGCGUGGUCCCAGAAGACGACUGACCGAUGUUAUUUUGAAGACACCAGAGUACUCCCCUAUAACGUUGGCUGUGGGAAACCCAGUACACCACUCCAGCUCAGAGGACAGUAACUCUGAGCACUCGUCGGCUCCUUCCUACACCAGCUCACCAUGCCAGGAGCUUUUGGCUGAGCCAGAGCAGCUAUGUCAGGCACAGCACAGAUACCACUACUCUAAUCACAGCUCGCCGUCCUAUGUAACCCACAGGUACUACAAAAACUCCUCGGCCCAGCUUUCCCCCAAGCUCUACAGAGGCUAUAUAGAUGAGGGAAGGGGCCAUGAUAUGGACUUGAGUAGAAUGUAUAUCAGGCACCAGCCUUCUCCUUGCAUCAAUGGUCACUACGAGUACUGGUACGAAGAACCGCCACUAUACCAACAAGGGGGCAGACUGAUCCCCCACCACCUGAAGCUAUCCCGGGCCCCAUCACUCAAAGAGUACCCCCAGCACCAAAGCAGAGCUCUACCACGACAGGUGGUUUCAGACGAGCUGAAGUCAUGGCAUCAGCGCUGUCAGCUACGGCCACGGUCUCUAGACAGACAGGGUGCUGUGCGCAUUCGGAACCUGCCCUUACACGAGUCGCCACUCUCACAUCACCAUGACAUCUAUGAUCAGGUCCCCCAAAGGACUGCAGACAGAACACCAGUGAAAUGGUAUGAAGAAGACGACCAAGAGAUUGUCAGCCAGGUGUAGCAAAAGGACCCUCACUGACAAAAGUCCUAUUUAUGUUUUAAUUUAUUGAAUAAUUAGAUGAAAAUAUCAGUGGUUGUAUCUGUAGUUUGGCUAAGCUUUUAUAUUUUCAAAAGCAUUUUUAUAUAAAAGACAUUACAGUAAUUUUUUUUUUACUUUUUGAACUUGUUGUUGAAACAAUGUUGUUAACAGAAUAGAUUUUAUUUCUAUAUUUCUUUUUUUUUCUUUUUUUUUAACAAACUGUAAUUUGUUACUAAGAGUAGCUUUCAUGCGUUACAUUUUCCCUUGUCAUUCUGUGUUGCUACUGAUGCAAAUAAAAUGGAGAGGAGUGUGGUCUUAGAAA